AUGCAACCUUUUAACACAGGCCAUGAAGAUAUUGUUCAUGAUGUUGCGUAUGAUUUCUAUGGCAGAACCAUGGCUACCUGCUCUUCAGAUCAACAUAUUAAAGUAUUCAAAUUGGAUAAAGAUGCGACCAGAUGGGAAGUAAAUGAUUCAUGGAGAGCACAUGACAGCAGUAUUGUAUCUCUUGAUUGGGCUAGCCCCGAAUAUGGACGCAUUAUUGCUUCUGCUUCUUAUGAUAAGACUAUAAAGAUUUGGGAAGAGGAUCCCAAUCAAGAAGAGUGUUCUGGUCGCAGAUGGACUAGGCUAUGCACACUAAAUGAUUCAAAGGGUUCGCUGUAUUGCGUCAAGUUUGCUCCAUCUCACCUUGGACUACGGAUAGCAAGUAUUGGGAAUGAUGGUAUAAUGAGGAUGUAUGACGCCCUUGAUCCUUCAAACUUGAGGUCUUGGACCAUGACUGCAGAAGUAAAAGUAUUACCAGUGGCUCCUGCUAACAACUUACAAUCGGCGUUUGGAUUAUCAUGGUGUUUCACGAGAUUCUCUCCAGAGAAGAUAGCUGUUUGUGCAUUAGAUCAGGCUUAUAUAUAUCAAAGAGGCAAAGAUGGGCAUUUCUACCAGGCUGGUAAGCUACCCGGGCACACAUCCCUGAUCAGAAGCAUAAGCUGGGCUCCAUUGAUUGGCAGACCUUAUCAUUUGAUUGCAACUGGUUGCAAAGACGGGAGAGUACGUAUAUUCAGAGUGAAUGAUUCUCCAUCAAAAUCAAAUACACCAAACUUAAGUGACUCAGAUGACUAUAAUAUGGAAGACCAAGGUAUAAAGCAAAGACAAAAUAAUACAGACUUAGAAGUGGAACUACUGAGCGAACACGAUGACCACAAAGGUGAGGUAUGGUCAGUUUCCUGGAAUUUGACAGGUACUAUCUUGAGCAGUACUGGUGAAGAUGGGAAAGUACGUCUAUGGAAGUCUACGUACUCGAAUGAGUACAAAUGCAUGUCCAUUAUUACUUCCAAGCAAGAUAUCUAA